CGAGGCUUGGCGAUCACGGGGCCUGGCGGUGAAACCACAAAGUCCAAUUCCCCUUUCAACUUUCAUACGCGAACCGUGGCCUCAACUGUUGACAUUGAGAAAAGCCCUUUUGUCUUGAAAAAUACCUUCCAAUUCUUGAGAUUCUUCGACGAUCUUGUCACGGUACAUCAAAUCUUUGUCAAUCCGUGUUCUUGACAAGGUAGCAACGUCCAUCCCACAAUGUUGAAAGUCCCCCAACGUGGCAAGUCCGGCGUCCCAGCCGUGACCAAAGCGGUAAUUCUGGUCGGAGGGCCUUCUCGAGGAACUCGCUUCAGACCAUUGAGUCUCGAUGUCCCCAAGCCUCUGUUCGAUGUGGCGGGCCAUCCAAUCAUCUGGCACUGCCUCAAGGCCGUGUCAAGAGUUCCUGACAUCAAGGAAGUCAUUCUAAUUGGCUACUAUGACGAGAGCGUCUUUCGAGACUUUAUCAAGGACUCAUCAAGAGAGUUCCCCCAGAUCAAAAUCCAAUAUCUCCGAGAGUACCAAGCCUUGGGCACUGCUGGCGGCCUCUAUCACUUCCGAGAUGCCAUUCUCAAAGGCAAGCCUGACCGGUUCUUUGUCCUCAACUCGGACGUCUGCUGCUCCUUCCCACUUGACGCCAUGCUCAAACUCUUCGACGAGAAAGACGCCGAGGCCGUCAUUCUGGGCACGCGAGUCAGCAAUGAUGCCGCCACCAACUUUGGUUGCAUUGUCCCCGAUACGCACACCAAGCGAGUUCUGCAUUACGUGGAGAAGCCUGAGGGCCACAUCUCCAACUUGAUCAACUGUGGUGUCUACCUCUUUGCCACCGAGGCCAUCUUCCCCUCAAUCAAGAGUGCCAUCAAACGCAAGACGGAACGACCCCGCAUGAUCUCUUACCCUUCUUCGGAGAACAUUGAAUCGUCUUUCAUUGCGGAUGAGGAAGAUGGCGAGAAGAACGAGGUGCUGCGUCUGGAGCAAGACAUCCUGUCCGAUCUUGCCGACACCAACCGCUUCUUUGUGCACGAGACCAAGGAUUUCUGGCGACAGAUCAAGACGGCUGGCUCUGCCGUUCCAGCCAACGCGCUCUAUCUCCAAAAGGCUUUCCAAUCCCAAGCUGAGGAGAUUGCCAAACCAUCUGCUCAGAUCAUCCCUCCUGUGUUUAUUCACCCAACCGCCACCGUCGAUCCAACCGCCAAGCUUGGACCAAAUGUCUCCAUUGGCCCCAAGGCCGUGAUCGGAGCCGGAGCCCGUGUCAAGGAGGCCAUUGUGCUUGACGAGGCUGAGGUCAAGCACGACGCCAUCGUGCUGUACGCAAUUGUAGGAUGGAACAGUCGAGUAGGAGCCUGGGCUCGAGUGGAAGGCAGCCCGACCCCAAUCACAAGUCACAGCAGCAGCAUCAUCAAGAACGGGGUCAAGGUGCAGAGCAUUACUAUUCUGGGCAAGGAGUGCUCGGUCAACGACGAGGUCCGGGUACAGAACUGUAUCUGUCUGCCAUACAAGGAGUUGAAGCGUGAUGUGGCCAACGAGGUUAUUAUGUAAACAACCAGAACAACGAGACGCGGCACGGAAAGGACUUUUUAUGCGUAAGGACAGUAGACGAGUUAGUGAAUUAGUGGUUAGUAUAGCGCUAUCAAGUUUGCAGGGAUCUGCAAGGCUAGAGAAAUAGUUUUGACUUGAUCUUCAGCCCUCUGAGAGCGAAUAAUGUGGUGAUGUGUCCAGUCUACUCCGUAUGUGAAAAGAUCCCUACCUAAAUUCUGACAGGACGUUUAGUUG